AUGGCGACUACUACAGCGACUUCGGCGGUGGGAUCGGAGUGGAAGAAGAAUUUGUCGGCACACGUCAUCUGCCCCGAGUGCAAAGAGUUCCCUCCAAAUCUCGAGUUUCCAGGAUCCCACGAGACUGUCUGUGGCUCUUGUGGAUUGGUCUUGGCGGAUCGCGAAAUCGACGUGCACUCGGAAUGGCGAACGUUUUCCAACGAUGAUCAGAACAACGAUGACCCGUCGCGUGUUGGUGAAACAUCCAACAUCUUGUUGAAUGGAAAUCAGCUGGAGACCAGUAUUGCAGGAGGUGCAACUGGGGCUGCUCGGCAGUUGUACCGCGCUCAGAACAAGCUCUCUAGUGAGAAGAGCAACAAAUCGCUCAUGGCUGCCUACAAAGAAAUCGGUGCUUUGUGCGACGGUUUCAACAUCCAAAAGAUUGUUGCAGACACGGCAAAGUACCUAUUCAAGAUAGUCGACGACCAUAAGGCGUUCAAGGGAAAAUCUCAGGAUGUGAUCAUUGCUGGCUGCAUAUUCAUUGCCUGCAGACAAUGUCAAGCCCCUCGGACGUUUUCCGAGAUUUUUGCGGUGACAAAGGUUUCUCGAAAGGAAAUCGGGAGGAUCUACAAGUCCCUAGAGAAAUUCUUCACGGCGCAGAAUAUUGAACGCACAGCUAUUGUCGGUGCUGAUGCCGGCUUCAAACAGACAACUUCAACCAAACCCAGUGAUCUCUGUGAACGUUUUGGUACGUUCUUGGGCUUGGACUACCGGACAUGGAAUGCAGCAGCUACUUUGUCCGACAAAGUCACAAAGGAUGGUGAUCUUGCCGGCAGAUCACCUCUUUCAAUUGUUGCGGCUUGCAUUUACAUGAUCUCUCACCUGUGCGGUGUACCCAAAUCAGCCAAAGAGAUUUCGAACGUUGUUGGUGUCAGCGAUGGAACUAUCCGUGGCGCGUACAAGCAGCUCUACUCAGAGAGAGACCGCCUACUUACGGAUGAUUUCAUUGCAAAGGUGAACGGGGACAAGGCGAAUCUACCACAGAGCUAG